AUGAAACCGCAACAGCUCCAGCAGAUUAGCGGGUUGCCGCACGCAGCGGAAUCAUCAAGCCACUAUCAACAGCUGAUUCCUCCCUACCUUGGGCAGCAGAAUCAGAAGUCGGUCAAGUUCGACGAAGAGUCAGUUCAGUGCUCUUUUUUGGUGAUGAUCGGAGUUCGAAGUGAUCGAGUGGAGAAUUUGAGAGUUUAUGGAUGCAAUCAGCCGGGGAAGAGCCAGAUCCGGUGGUUCUGUUUUGAUUUCAGAUGA